UUCCUUGUGCUGAAAAGAAGAGAAUUGGCACCACAUUUUGCAUUUUUGUUGAGGUUGGGAGGGUUGGGCUUGGCCUAGAUCCAAGGGUUUGUGUGUGUGUGGGCAAAGCGGACCAGACCAAGACCCACACCAAGACCAGAGAAGGUGAGGGAGAGAGAGAGAGAAGCAGAAGGAGAGGGGGAACGCGGAUCUCGCCCGCCCGCCGGCCGGCCCCCCGUCCGCCAUGUCCGCCGACGGCCCCGGCGCGGUCCGCCGCGCGCUGGACAGGGCCGGCGCGAGCCUCCGCAGCGGCCGGCGCGCGCUGGCCCGCUUCGCGCCCCGCCCCUCGGCCUUCUCCGCCGCGCCCGACGCCGAGGCGGCGGCGGUCCGCGCCGUGCGCAACCUCCGCACCUUCCGCGUCCACUACGCCGUGAUCCAGUGGGCGCUGCUGCUGGCCACCCUCGCGCCCCGCCACCGCGCCUCCAUGCUCUUCCUCAUGGCCGCCUCCAAGGGCCUGCUCCUCUACGGGGGCCUCCUCCGGGCCUUCCCCAGCUCCGCGCUCCUCCGCCGCCUCCUCGACCGCCGCCUCGUCGCCGCCGUCUUCGUGGCCCUCGUCGUCGCCGACCUCGCCGCCGCGGGGGCUUUGCCCAACCUCCUCUUCGCGCUCGCCGCCGGGGUCCCCGUCGUCCUGCUCCACGCCGCGUUCCGCGUCCGCGACGACCUCGAGCCCGUGGCCUCCGCCGACAGCGCGGGCGGAGGGGAGGAGGAGGCCACCGGGGUCGUGGUGGAGAAGAAGGAGGACGGCGACAUGGAGACGGGGCCGACGCGCCGCUCCGCCACGGCGGCCACCAAGUCCUAGGCAACAAACAAGAUCUCGCCGCCCAUAUACUACAACACAUUGGUAGACAGACGGACAGAGUGCUGGUAUUUCUUGAUCAAAUUCCAUUCUUUUUGGAGAGAUUUGGAGGCUCACUACUACUACUACUACUACUACAUACUAGGAUGCAGCAGAAUGAAUCGAAAUUCGUUGCCUCUUAUCUUGAUUAUGGCUAGCAUUAGGAUCUUCCCCUGUUCCUUGUGUAUACACAAAUUUACUGCUACUUCUACAUUGUUACUCCUUAGAACAAAACUACUAGCAACUAACAAGAGAAUCAAUUGGGCCUGUUAUGUGA